AUGACUACCAUGGCAACUCCGGCAGCUCCUGCUCUGCUCUCCGCCGCUCCACUCGGUCACCACCCGGCUCCCAGCUCCGUCUCCCCGGCCACCAACUCUCCGCCACCUGCAGCCACCUCCGCUGCUUCCUCCCCGGCUCCUCCGGUAGCUCACCCCGCGCUGCUUCAGCAGUUCCGGGCGGACCUUCUGCUCUCAAACGGGACUCAGUUGAAGCCCGGAGGAGCUCCGCUGACCAGCAACACUAAGCCCGUGUACGCCACCCCGUCGCCCGUGGAGAGUACGCCGCAGAACAAUGAGUGCAAACUGGUGGAGGUGAAAGGUGCCAAGCUGGCCUCGUUCACGGUGAAAGACACGGAGCUCAUCUGUCUGCCACAGGCUUUUGAUGUUUUUCUCAAGCACCUGGUCGGCGGGCUCCACACCGUCUACACCAAGCUGAAGCGGCUGGACAUUUCGCCGGUGGUGUGCAACGUGGAGCAAGUCCGGGUGCUGCGGGGGCUCGGAGCCAUCCAGCCCGGGGUGAACCGGUGCAAACUCAUCUCCAGGCAGGACUUCGAGACGCUCUACAACGACUGUACGAACGCAAGGUGAGCGGGGCAUGGAUGAUAAGGUGAUAGAAACUCUGUGACCCGUUGGUAGAGCUUUUGAUACGGGGUUACCUUUCUGAGUUUCAGGGGGGCGGGUGCAGCAGGUGGGGUUAUAUCAACCCAGGUAAGAGUUCUGAUUUUCGACUAUGAUGUUGUACAUCACUGUAAAAGAAUAACAGUCUAAAUUGUUAUGCCACCAAAUUUAUGAUUCAUUAUUUGCUGAUUUGGGAGCAAGCUUUUUAAUCAAUAUCUGUGGGCUAUGAAAUUACAAGCUUAACAUCUCAGAGGAAGCGUUAAUACUAAGUGUUGGUAAGGUGGGUAACAUAGAUGGACACAUUAGAAAAAGACAUUAAUGAAUGAAAAACUGAAAUUGAUAAGAAAUAGAUAAAGUUAAAAAAAUAUCCCACUCUUGAUUUGCUUUUAGCCAUUGUUUGAGGUCUUAAGUGUUGUGCUAAAGGCUGUGCAGGUGCAAAAUUAUUCCAGGUCUUGUCACUAGCCAGAACAUGAGUGACAUUCUUUCAAAUGAAAGCUCGAAAGUGCUCAAGAAUAUAAGUUAAAACAGCUGAAAUUAAAAAAUGUUCUUGAAAAAAUAGAAGAUUUUGCUCCUGUUUGAGUCCAUCUCUCAUUUGAUGUUGACUGCCUGAGUGUCCAGUUAACCCCUCUUUUAUUUGGCACAUUCAUACAGCAAGGCCUGUCUGUCACCAAUUAGCAUUUUAAUGGUUGAUAAACCGUGAUGGUGAUGAUGGCGAUAAUGAAUUUUAGUAAUCUCAAUAAAGACAAAACUCUUAAAAGUUUGUCAUGUUAUCAUAGACUGUAAUCUCCCCCCUCCUUUGCUGACACGAACACACACACACAUACACACUCACUCAGUUUCACUCCUACACACGCACAUGCACACAUUGAAUCUGACACUGUCAUUCUGAGAAAUUGAUUCUUCACAGAAAUUAAUUAAUUUUCAUUUGGCCCCAAGCGGCAGCUUAAAUCAGGACAAGCUCACUCACUCACUCACUGAUCCCUUUGCUCUCUCUCUCUCUCCUUCCUUAAUAACUUGCUGUCUUAUCAUAUCAACACUCUUUAGCCCUGAGCAUCAGAACAGAGGAGAUGAUUAAAUGAAUUCUCGGUAUUUAUGAUGCGAUUAUGUAAAUUAGCUGUUUUGCAGAACUCCGAUGGUGACCAACUACAUGGGUCAUCAAUCCAGUGCACCGCAGAGAUGUUUGGAUAAAGGGGCUAAAUUGGCGAGGAUUUGUGGUUUCCUGGAGCCUCAGUCUGCUGGCGUGCACGCCACAUGCUCACAACAGCAUGGGUUUGAGUCCAGAGGAGUUUGGAUUAGCCUUAGUUUGGGGAUUUUUUUUUUAAUUGUUUGAUGGUUAAUCCUCGCUCCUUGGAGUAAUAAUGAUCCAAUUUACACCUGCCAUUGAGAACAGAUAGUUGAUGCUCUAAGAUGUGCACAGAUUGCAAAGUACAAACUACUUUUAUAUGCUUCCUGGCUCUAUUCUCAUUUCUUAACUCUGUUUGAUUUUAAAUCCAGGUGUUAACAUUUGAGUCAAGCUGUGACUUGUUGAGUUCGACUAAAAACACACUGAAAAGAAACAAACUAUUGUGAGCCUCCAGCUCUGUGUGCGUGGAUUAACACCUGCGCUUAAGCGUUCGAGGCCCUCCAGCAGAGGCAAAAUCCAGAUGCAUCUUCUGGCAGCUUUGGGAUUUCUUCUGUGUCAGGUGUUAAUGGGAAUGUUGUUCUACAAAUACACAGCCUCCACCGUCUCUAAUUAUCAGCAUAACACUCAAACAGCCUUUAGUUAAUGAGAUCUGAAAACAUCACUCGUCUGAAAUCUUCAAACGACUUCCGUGAUUCUUUGUCUGAAGGCUUCAAAUCUGCUGUGGUUGCCAUAAGUAUCAACCCCCUACACACAGAGACACACACACACACAGACACACAUUAGAAGUUCCUCAGUAAUCCCUAGUGUGGAUGGGGGGAAACAAACAGUAGCAGGUAAAGAAGCAGAGCUCAACGUGGUUUUCGUUAAGGCAGGAAAUCUGGCUGAGCAGAGUAAAGUUCCCAAGAACAUCUGCAAGAAUAUGAUGUUACAGCGCUGUGACAGUGUCAGUUCUCAGUGAGGGGUUUUGUUACUGAUUAAGACAGCCAUCACUUAUUAUUUUCCAGUCCAGCACAGUCGGACAGGCUGGAGGAGAAAUAACAGGCCUGUCUGGUAGACUAACAUGACUAAUGUAAUGCUUUACAUGGACUCUUAUAACUGUUUGCUCAUCCAUUUGUUCCUUUUGAAGAUUAAAGCAAUGGUUAGGAAAAUGUCCUCUGUUUAUCAUUGUCUUUCCUCCUCUUCUUUGUCUCACUCUUUAGUUCCUGUUGUGAACACACACACAUACACAUGCACACACACACACACACACGCCCUGACCACUGACUCAUCAAACCAUGAAGAAGGGCCGACUUCAUCCUCUGUCAAAGCCUAGUUAUAAUUCAUGCAUAGGUGGCACACAAACACACCCUCCCUCCGUCACCUCCUCACACACACUCACACAAACUCCCAUGGUCACGCCUGUGUGUUUGCUGGCUUUGCUGCUAAAUGACAUUAGUUCCACAGAGAGAACAUGGUGUGUAGGAGGCAACCUGAUCCCCCGUCCCUUUCUUUCUCCCUCACAAAGAAACAGUUUCAUUCUCGGUUAGAAACACACAUCAAACGGCUCGCUCAGGUCACACCAUGUGUGUGCGCACGGAUGUGCAUACAUUGUAGACAAACAUUGUAGGAAGUACAACAAUGCCAAACUUCACGUUACUCAAACGAAAUGUAAUGUUGCUUGUUACAAAAUCUCGUGUUACUUUUUAACAAAGUGCAAGUUGUUAAGAAAACAGAAGGUUUCUGCGUUUGUGCAUCUGAACAUCUUUGAGAUUCACUGGCCUGAAAAGUAGCAGGAAAUAUCCAUCUUAUCAGCAGUUUUGUUUCCAAGGGUUGAUUUUUCUAUAGUGCUAUAGAAAUUACCUUCAUAGCCUCUCUAGAUCAAGUUUCAUUAAAACGUGAUCAAGUUUCAACAAAAUCACAAUACAAAGGAUAGGAUAUCAUGUACGUUACUAUACGAUAUGAUACAAUCCCAUACUUGUGUCAAGUCUUAUCCUAGAUCCUAGUUCUUUAUUAGACUACUUUUGAACAAAUUGUCCCCCCAAAAUAGUAAUUUUUGUUUAACAUUGCAGUGACACCAUGUCUGGAAAUAAGUGUUGCAAAUGCCUCAUUAUUUAACUCAAUUCACUUUAAUUGUAAUGGGAUUGAAACACAGCCUCGUCUGGUUCAACUUGUCAUGGCUUGAUGCUUACAAGAGUAAAAGUAAAGGGUGAUUGUUUUUUGUGAUUAAAUUUUGAUGGAGAAAAAAAACGACAGAAACUGCAGCUUCAUUUCAGACCCAAGUUCAGCCGCUAUUCUUUGCAGCUCUUCACAAAAGCAAAAUCAAAUAUGAAGUAAGUUAGAUUAAAGGAUGAAUGAUAAACGAGACAGCGCAGCCUGCAGAGUGCAACAAAAGCCCGCUCUUUGUGUUUCUCUGUGGUGCACCUCUGCUGCGCAAGUUGGCAGUGUUCAGAUAGUGUGUGUGUGUGUAAGUGUGUGUGUGUGUGGGAAGGUGGACUCCUCAAAGCAGAGCCCCACUGUCAUGCCAUAACUCACUGUCAAAGUCAGCAGCACUAGGAUGAAGAGAGGGAGGAGGGCUGUUUGUGUGUGUGUGUGUAGGUGUGUGUGUUUGUGAGCGUGUAUGUGUGUGUUUGGGUGGGGUGAUUAGUUCAACUUUAACCUCUGCACUCUUUUGAUGUUUUAUAGAGAAGAAGAGCUCGAUGAGAUAGAGAGGGACUCCAUGUCUUCCACCUUGACAGGUUUUAAGGGAGAACACACUUUUGCACACGUACACACACACGCACACACACAUACACACACACAGUCUUCUUGACAUCCUCUUGACCCUGGAAUGUGGGAGAGGAAUGCACGGCGGUAUCAGUUUAGGAGAUCAGAUUCUUGCCAUGAUCAAACGUCCCGUGUGUGUCUGAAGACGUGUGUCUGUGUUGUCCUGCCUGCUUCUUUCAUGACAUCAUCACACAGGCCUCUCUAAUAACAAUGGUGCAUAAAGCUUUUUUUUUCAGAGAGGAAGAUCACAACAUCAAUCUUUUCCCUUCCUCCUCUAACCAGCAGCAUAAGUCUUCCUGCGUACGGCGAUAUGAUUUAUCAAACCGGACCGUGACGGCGAAUACAACCCCGCGUGAUAAACACAGAUUGAAAGGAUGGGAGCAUGGGAGCUGUAAACCGCCUCUAAUAUAUUCCAAACAAAAUCUUGUUUGUGCUAGUUUUCCCCCCGUCUCUGACACACACUCACAUAAACACACACUCUCACACACACAGCUGCUACCUAUCAGCACCUCAGUCCCUUCAAGCCAGUAGCUGUUCCACUGUUUUGACUGUAACACUUCCUCCUCUUUCAUUACUUUUCUCUUUCCUCUCUGUGUGUGUUUGCAUGUGUGUGUGUUGGAGAGAGGGAAAUCUGUCAUCUUUGUUAUGUUUUGUUUCUGUUCCACCUGCGCUAAGCUCCAGCUGCCAUGUUUGGCGUUUCAUGUUUCAGGUAACACACACGCCAAAGCUUGGAGGGCAGGACUUGAUGUACAGAGUACCCUUUAAAAAAGUGUGUGUUUUCACGUGUGUGUGUGUGUGUGUGUGUGGCCAGAGUGUUGGCAUGAGGGAGGACGUCUGGGUGAGAUUUUAAUUAAAGUUUGAGACAAAGAGGUCAUAAGCCAUACACCCCCUCCUCUUCACACACACACACACCUUGUACACACACUUACACACACACACACAAUGCGCUGUUUUCUCUCUUCCCCCUCCUCUCUCUCAUUCCAUCCCCUCAGCUUGAUGACUUUUCCAUGAAAGGCUUUUUCAUUAAUCCUACCUCAGGGAACCGGUGCUCUCCAACCUCACACACACACACACACACACACACACACACACACACACACACACACACACAGAACACACACUUGCAUGCGCAACACACACAUAGACCUCCCUCCAUGGGUCACUUUGAUGUAUCAACGCACUUGCAGACUAAACACAAAAUUAGGUUCCACUUCUUUAUGCCUCUUAAAAUGCAACAUAUACAAACACACCCACCCACCACAACACACACACACACACAAACACACACACACACAGGCCAUUAAUUAGUGAGUUCAAAUAAACAGUAGUAAGGGAAAGGGAAGUGGCUGCAGUAAAAAACAACCACAGUCUUUGGUCUUUUUAUUUUUUAACCCCCCCUCCCCUCCACCCGACACGCACUUUUGUUCACUUCUGUAUUUGUGUGUGUGUGUGCAUUUCCGUUUGUGUGUUGAUUUGAGGUGUUUCGACAUUGUCCGUGUUGCUUUACCUUCAAACCUGCGUCCUAAAAAUACGUUUCCUGCUUUUGUCAAGCACAGUAUGCAGUUCUAUAUGCACUACAAAAAAACGAUAUUGUGUGUGAUGUGAAUGCACCCCCCACCCUCUAGAAAGAACAACACACACUCCCGUGCAUGCACACCCGCACCCAGCUUACACCCAGAUACUCCCAACUUCAUCCCUCUUGCACAUUCCUGCCGUCUGUCUAUCUGUGCGUCAUGUUGUGUGUGUGAAUACCAGUAUGUCUACCUGAGUGUGUGUCUCUCUCACGGGCUAUCAAUGUGCCAGCGUGUAUGUGCAUGUGUGUGUGCGUGCGUGUGUGUGUGUGAUAUCUGAUGUCAGCUGUCACAUCCCAGUCGGUCUGGGCCCAUAAUAAGAGACAAUAAUAACAACUCAUUAAAACCGAGGGCAGGAACUGUGGAGCUCAUCGGCUCAUCAAAUUAACCUUUGAACACUUCAUAUACACACACACACACACACUCCACACUCACACUCACACUCACGCACACACACUAGGUACCUGUUUUUCUCCCACAGUUAGUGACUACACAAUCUUUCUCUCUGUCUUUUUGUCUCCCUCCAUCUUCCCCCCCUUUCUCAGCCAGUGGGUGUGUCAACAGGGGAUUGGUCCUUUCUGCUGGGUAAUUGAUGAAUUAUAUGCAAUAUGCAAAUGAGGCGCCAUUAAUCUCCUGACUGACAGCUUCGUUUAUGGGGCCUUAAUGACGGCUGGAUUAGAUUCUAAUUAAAAUCUGCUCAAAGACACCCCACGCUAGGAAACUGCAGCUAGUCUAUCUCUCCCUGCUCUCUUUUUUUUGUUUUUUUACUCUUUCUCAACAUCUCCUCACCUUCCUCUUCAUCUCUCUUUCCGUCUUUAUUACUUAACUCUCAUCCUCCUCUUUCCCAUCCGCUAUGUCUCUUGAUGUCACGCACGUUUCACGCAAACAUAUGCACGGGCACAUGUGCGCACCACCCCACAGACUCAUGUUAUCCAAUGUCAGCCUGGUUUGAAAAGGAGAUGAGCCGCGCUGGUUGUCAUUAAGCCUGAUGUGGCCCGUGUCAUUUCCCCUGUCAGGACAUUCACACCGUUUAGUCAGAGCCAAAGUGAUGUCUGACAGCUUUUCACAUACUUCCUGCAGGAUUGAUUGAGCAUGCCCGGCUCCAUCAAACCAUGUGAAUCUGCUCGUAGUCACAGCUUUUACUGAGGGAAUCUGUGACACGGCGGGAAAAAGUGGAAUGAAUGACCAAAUAGGGAAAGGAUGGGAGAGGAAGGAAGGGAAGGAGGCGAGCAAACACAUUUAAUAAGCAGACAAAUGAAUGAGUAAGCUGAACAGUAAUGAGGUGCUUUAUUGAUGCCAUAGGGAAACUUGUUUUUUGCUUGCUCGUAUCCACGGGGAGGUCAGAUUUGCAGCACGGCAGCCUUCCUGGAAGCGCUCAGGUUUCAGUGUUUUCAGCUUGUUGACGCUUCAGCAGGAUCAGAGGUUUACAGACUGAAGGACACAGUUCCUCAAAUCAGGCCACCCAUCUCAGUCUCAGCAUGAAAAACAGCUACAGAGGGAGUGAGGUAUUAAACUGUCUAAUGGCUAAUGUUAACUUGUGCUUUCUGCCCUGCAGUUCGAGGCCCGGACGACCGCCCAAGAGGCUGCAGAGCGUGACGGAGGGUGGGACUCACCACAUGUUGUCCCACAGUGGUCUGAUGCAUGCUGGGAUCAUGCCUCCUGCAGGUGACCACCCAGGCCUAACCAUGCACAUACAGCACAAACUAUGUAUUCAUGAAUCAAAACAGAUUAAAAAUAAUAUCACAUGAGUGCACAGAGGACCCAAACAGCCAUCAAUCCAGGAAGAAUUUUUGACAUCAUGUAAAAUAAUAACGGUGCUUUAAGUGGUCAGAGGACAAACAAAGUGUGAAAUCAGUUAUCAGUUAUUAUUAUUUCCGAAAAUGGACAAGGAAUACACAUUCAUUUUUAUUUGAAUAUUUUUUUUACAAUCUUAUUUAUGUUAUCAUCUAUUUUAAACCCAUUUUUUAUUAUUCCUCUCUACAGGCAUUGUUUGACAGACAGGAUGAAAAGACUAUUAUUCACAUUGUCAUCGUCAAAUCACAGCAGGGGUUUUUAAAGUCCUUUUCAACAUUUUUGCUCAACAUCGACAACGAAUAAAGAGCUGCUUGUUUCAGGUACCUGUGCUCAGCUCUCAAUUUGAACUUAAAAAAGCGUCUCAGGCAAAGAUCGAAACAAAAGUUACCAGUUUUUCAUAUCAAUUACAAUUUUGUUUCGUAAACUGAAGUCCCAGCAAAACCUGACUGAACCCUUACCAGCUGGAAAAAGUUGCUCCAGUUCUACAAAGAAACGAAGUCUAAUAAAGAAACAACACUUCUGACUGUGGGGGUUUAAUGAUAGAAAGAUAAUUAUUAAGUGACCCGAAGCCUGUCGAUGUCAAACCAGAUGGCAUUUUAACAACAUAAUACCCAAAUGAAAAGAAAGUGAUGUAUUACAAAACGUCUCUCUGUUUUUGGACAGCACUUCAAAAAAAGCUAAGAGUCACUAAAAUUGUUGUAAUAUUGUCAAAAUAGGCUCUGCAAAAGUUUCAUGGAACAAAGUGGAAGACAUAUACAGUAUGUUGUCCACUUUAAAUGAUUAUUCUAAUCAAAGUAUGAAUUAGAGGUCGACUAAUCACAGUUUUUUUUAAUGGCCGUUAUGUAAUGACACGUUGUGAUUUUACAAAAUACAAUUUAAUAAUACUAACAAAUAAAAAACUAAAUUACUUAAAUAAUAAUUGGCUUAGUGAAAUUUAGUCUUUUGGAUUUCUGUCUCACACUGAAAUUGUUAAGAAAGAAAAAUGUCAAAAUGUAAAUUUUUAGGUUGAAAUAAAAAAGAAAGUCACACAAAGAUUCAUUAUCACAUGCACAUUAAAAUCUUAUAUACGAAGAUAUCUUAGCCAGUAAACAUGUUUGAAUUGGAUUUUAAAUAAAUCAAGAUUUGGAGUUUUGCUAACCAUUUCAUGUCCGCAUUAUUCUUCACAUCAUAACAGAAUAUGAAACACCAUCUAUUGACUUUAUAGAUUAAAUACACUGUAAUUUGGUGGUGAAAAAAGGCCUUUCCAAGUGGAAAAGGUUAGGGUGAUAUCGGCUUUCAGAGGGCCGAUACCGAUAUGAUGCCGAUUAUAUCAGCAAUAUCGCUCAAACCCCGAGUUAUUCAGCUCUUUUAUCUCACACAAAGCUUUUUGUCAUGAGCUGUCAAUAAAAAUCUUUUGAGCUGAAGUACACCUUAAUGAUAUGAAUACUGCUGCACCAAAGCUGUCAUCAGUAUCACCACUAUUGUAAUGUAGUGUAAUGCUGAAGAACAGGAACGAUGUUAGUCCCGUUCACAUGCCAGCCUACCCUGCGUCAAGGAUUUAUCGAGCGAGUCCCCCCUGACUCUUAGAAUCCACCUCUUUUUUUUACAAGCUUUUCCAAAGGUCAAAGUUUGAAAUCCUUUAAAACAGGACAGGGCUCCCAGUAAAAAUACUGUUUUUCAGCUCCAGGAGGUGUUUUGGGGAUGAAUCAGUGUUAUGUCCUCUUCUGUCCUCUCUUUUUCAGCUUUCAGAGAGUAAAUUCAUGACCUGACAACUAGAUGAUUGAUCAAUUAAAAGAAAGGACAGGAUGCUUCUGCAGAGUAGAUACAGAGAGAGGCGGUUUAUAUUUCCCUGCGACCAGCUUAAUGACACAUUUUACCCAUCCUCAACAUCAUGAGGAGGCAGGGCUCUGGGCGUUGAUUAAUAAAAUUACCAUACACACUGCUGACACACAAGAAACAACUUACAACUUACAAGUUGCUCUUUUUCUCGGCUUAUUCUUGCGCACAGUAGUCUCUUAAAUUGACUGGCAAUCAUAAUUUUCACGCCUCUGAGUCAACUUUGAAAAAAAUCUCCGAACAGCAGAGGGUAUUAAGACGGGGUUUUGAUGUUAAAAUUUCCUGUUCUUCUUGUGUAAAUAACACUUUCAACCCAUUAACCGUGUCUUCAACUAUGAAAUUAAGUUUCAGGAUAAUUAAAUUGUUUGUAAUGUGGAGGCAGGCGGGGAAUAAAGGAGAAUCUGUUAUUUGUAAAGACUCAAUCUUUUGUUUUAUAAUUUGACUUUGAAGAAACAGUCAUAGUCAACCGCCUGCUACAUAAAUGCCAAAGCGCUGCUUGUUAUUGUCAUAAACAGUUGUGUGUGUGUGUAUGUGAGCUUGUGUGAGUGAGUGUGUGUGUGUUUGUGUGUACAUUAGUGUGUAGCCCACAGAAAGGGAGAAAAGUAAUUGUUGGCACCUCACCGCUCUCAAAGUUGCCCUUGGCUUUGUGCUCUUCACUGCAACCUGAUCUUUUCAUUCCCCGCCUCAAAAGAAGCCAUUUUCUGUUAGCUCCGCUUCCUCUCACUGUUCAAAGGUGCUUGAGUGUGUGUAUAUGUGUGUGUGUGUCUGUGUGUGCGUUUUGUGUAUGCGUUUGAGUGUUCAAGAGCAUCUUUCUCAGUGGGAAAAGAGUCUUUUUCCACCAAAGGAGAGGGCAUGGCGGCAAUGUCAGCGCCACUGAUUAGAACCGGCCACAUGAGAGGCAAGAAAGAGACGGAGAGAGGGAGGACAUUUGAGGCGUAAAAGGCAGUGCGAAUCUUUGAUGUGAUCCUCCUUAGUCUCCUUUCCUCGCCCUCUUGCACUCAUACACACACAUGCGCAACACGGUGGCUUAUGUCCCGCUGUGAUGCUGACAUUUUGAAAAGGUAAAGUAAGGAGAGGGGAAGGGUGGAGAGAGGAGAGGAAAGAAGAUGAGAAGGAGAAAAAAAAGAGCAAUUUGUUGUGGUUGUCUUGUGCACGCUGACUCUUCAGCCCAGACAACCAUUGUAUAAGAACAAUAAAACACUCAGGAGUUCAGUCUGUUUUAAAUGUUUAGAUAUAUCCAAGAUCAGGAAAUUAAGACUUAUGGCGUGUUUGCAUUUCCUUGUCAGUGUUUGUACAGUUGCAGGGCCUGUCCAAGUUUAAUAAUUCAUUGUUUGUCAGUAUUAGUGCAAGAGAUAUUUAAUUUUCUGUGGCAUGAGAUAGAGUUAGAAAGGUUUCUCCUCGGGUCAAACUUCCCUCUGAGGUUCAAGAGAAAUUAAAAUGCAGCUCAGCUCUCUUGCAACAUUUCGCCGCUCUCCGUUUCAUGUCGUCUAAAAGUGCGCAACCUCUAUUUGAAAGUAUCUACACUUUUGAUCUAAUGCCUCUAAUUCCUACAGAUAAAGAAGUGUUUACUGCCUAAAAGGUGGAGCUGCAGCCGCCUUUCAGCGUCGUCCUGUGUGCUGUGCUGUGGGUUGUGAUGUCCCUGUGUGGGAGAGAUGAAUGUCUUGGCUUGUUCCUAUCACUGCUGAUUCCCUGGCAGACUAAACGGCCGGUGCAGCGGUGCAGUCAGAAUGAAUGGCUGGCCUCUGUCUUCCCAUGACAACCUCCAGCCUACCCACUGCUCUAAUCCUCCACCGGGGCCAUUGAUCUGCCUCUUUAUUGAUCUCUUCUUCUCCUUCUUUUUUUCCUUUUCUUCCUCUUUAUAUCUGUCUCUCUUUUCUCUCUUAGAUCUAUCCGCCCUGGCCAAGAAGAUCAAGCUGGAGGCGAUGGCCAGUUACCACACCAACCAACAUCAUGGCCGACCGAACGGAGAAAACGGUGACCACAACCCCGGACUGGGUGAGUUGUUAUCCUUUAGUCUAUUUAAAGCAACACACCUAAAUGUUUACUUACGGCCAUACAACAACUCCCCUUGUUUGUCGUCUUCACAUAUCUUGGAUGCAAAGUCAAUAUGAGUGUAGCAGCUGUGUUUGCAGCUGAACCAAACUGAAAAAAAAAAAGAAAAAACAUGUUUAUAUGUUAAGAGAAAUAGCAGAAAUAAGUCAGUUUAUAGAUGAAAUUAGAAAUAUAUAAACCUGAUUCAGAUCAUGCAAAACCUAAAGCUCCUGUGAGGAACUUUUGGUUUGUGUCGAUUUUGGCACGCCCUUUGGACAUAGUUGUACCCCCUAUUUCUUUGUUGAUUUAUUCCUGUACAUCCUGAAGUAUUGUAAUCUCAUCCUGCUCUCUUUCAACAAUCCAAGAAUCUUUGACCAUGAAAUUGUUUAAAAAAAAAAAACAGCUGUCUUGAGGCAGUCUAUCACUUUAUCUGACACCUACCCGCUGCCAGUCUUUCAGAGAACAAAAAUAACCACAUAGAAAUAGUCCAUCCACACACUAAUGUUAUUAAUGACUUUUGUAGGUCCUCAAUGGGUAUCGAUAAUCAUUUCAUUCGGUUUUAUGACCAACUUAAAACUCCCCACUGGAGCUUUAAGUAUCUAUGUAGUUCAAAGACACUGUUUUUCAACAUUUAUGAAAUAGACUGAAAUUCACAUUGACACCUUUUUAUGAUAUAUAAAACCAAAUAAAACCAUUACCGACAAUUUAAUACCUGAUACUACUGAAAGGGGGCCAAGCAGCUGAAGAACCAGCCCUGUUUUUAAACUUAACACAUGAAACAUGAACACUAAGUGAAAUAUUUCACUGGCAGAAAUAGAGAGAUUAUUAACUUUUUGAUUUAAAGACACGUCUUGAGCAUACAGACUGCAAACAUGCAAACUGAAAGAAUCACAAUCAGAAUGUCCUUUAUUGUCAUCAUACUAAAAGUACAAUAUUAGAGAGCUUCUCCUUUUCCAGUGCAAUAGACAAGUAAAAAUAAGGUAGUAAAAGUACAAAUAGUUGUAAGAAAGAAGGUAGUAUAUAUACAAGACAAGAAUUCUACAGGGUAUUAAAAUAAAACAUAUGUAUAAGAAUAAAAUAGAAAGAUAAAAAGCACCUCACAGGAGCUUUUAGUCUAGUUUUCUAUCUUUUAAGGUUGUGAUAACAGCUCCUCAAAAGUGCAGAUUGUACCCAGUUUUGGGUUUGCUGGCAGAGCUGUGGGAUUCAAAGAGAUUAAAGGAAUAUUUCCUGAAAAAAAAAACAACAACUCGGUCAUCUGUUCUGUAGCCUUGAAGACAUGCCUUCAUCAUCAGUCCACAUUAGUCAUCCCAUCAAGAGAGCAUAGACUCAAAUAAGCUCCAUUACUCACACUCAACAUGGCAUAUUGUGUCACUGAGUAACAUUUGAUGAGGAUUUACAGGAAGAGUGUGCGUUUCAUUUAUAGUGAAGUCACUUUGUGCCUGGAAAGCACCGAAUCGCCUCAUUUUGAACCGAGUCUGUUUGGUUUCUUGUACGAACUUUUGGUUAUAUGUUAUUAAAACUGCUGUAAAAAUUGCACCUGAUCCCUGGCUUUUGCAGCGGUGGAGAGGGGCCAGCAAACGUGGAGCGGCAGCAUACGUGAGCGAGCGUGCAGGGAUGAUAGAGAGAUGAAUAAGAUGAGAGGCUGAAGCCAAAUCAAUAGUCUUCUCUCUAAUUCACUAUCCUGAAUGCAAACGACAAAUGCCGGACAAUCGAUGGCGGAACAGACACACGCACGAGCAUGCAUGCGGGCUUCAACACACAAACACACACACAAGCACACACACACACACAAACCAAACCGGACUUGCCGCCCCCACUGUUAUCGACAGGUUAAAGCGACAUCAGUGUGUUUAGACAGAUGACAGGGCUUAUGGAGCGUCUGUGUGGAAUACGCUAUCAACCUGGGACACACACACAUACACACACACUCACACACAUUCACUCUUUUGUGGCACAUGUGACAAGAGUUCAGCCACAUGGAUGAAAAUGAAGAAAUUAUCCAUGUGUUUUUCAGGGAUUUAAAGGAGAAAAAGAUGAAACCAACAUAUGUCCGAGUCCCUUUUCUCCUCUUUUUGGCUUUUGUUUUUGUGUGUUUGUGUGCGUGAAGUAAAUCCACGCCUGUAAACAACCUCAGUCUUUAGCAUUGUUUACCAUUGUAUACACUGGGUUACGACUGCCAGCAUCUGUGUGCAGUUAGGUGGCAUGGUAACCACGAGCCAUUAUAAACCUGUAAAGCUUAAUCACUGUUAAUGAUAGAGUCAAGUGGAAACACACACACUCUCACACACACAUACACACACACACACACACACAAACAAACAAACACGCGUUCACACAACCAGAAAAGCACAUACAUAGACACAAUGUGUUUUUUCCAUACCGCCACCCACGGCCUUAUGGGAAGGAUAGGCCCCUGCCAGAGCUUUAACCACUACAAAGGCAAUCUCAGAUUACACACAUGCACACACUCACAAAUGCUGAGUGUGACACCUCACGGGCCGGGGAAGAGCGGAGAGCAGCCAUUUCUGCAUUUAACAAGAUCUUCUGGGAAAUUUACAGUAACUGUUUGUUUACAGUAAUGGUUUGUUUGGAUAAACAUAAGAGAGGCACUUUGACUUUUGAUGUUUUUUAAUGAAACAUAAGAGAGAGUGAUGGGAGGGUAGAGCAGAGGGGGAAAACAGAGUUAAGAAGACGCAGGGAAUAGGAGGAAAAAAUGAAAUUUAAAAGUGGGGGGUGGGGGGGUCGGAGCAGGUUGAAAAGGGGGGGGGUGUGACAAAAGUAGAGCGCUGGCUGGCUGGUUUCUAACCCAGGCUUGAUAUUUGGACUUGGCUGCUGGUUGAUUGUCGGAGCAUCUGGUUAUUUAGCUCCAUUCAGACUGAUCUUUUGUUUGGAUUGGUUUCUGCUCUGGGCAAGUGAGAGACUAAUCUGCCAAAUACACAAAGCACCGCACAUAUGUCCAGCGAGGCUUGACUCAUAAAGUCAACGCCUCACUCUUUAUUUCUGAGUUUGCCUUUUUAUUCUCUUUCUUCCACUCUCCCUUUCUUUCUUUCUUCUCUUUACUUCCAUUAUUUGUUUUAUUUCACCUCUCCUUUUCGGAUAGCCUUUUUUUGUUUCUAUGUACUCGUUCUAUUAUUUGUGACAAUUGUGUGGAAUACAGUCCAAGAUUUUUCCCUUUGUGUUUAUAAUUACCCAGCGUGCAUUGCUGGCCCAGCACCAGGACUGCCAUCAGCUUCUUUUGUUCCACUUCCUCCCUGUGUUUCUUUUGUUUUUGUUUUUCCUUUUAUUAAAUGAUAAAUAUUUAUGUCAUUUUCUCCCCCCACCCCCCCAAACAGGAUUGUUUGUUUCAUGAAUAGAGAGACUGCAACAACCCACCAGGGUGCUGUUGGGUGGAAGGAUUUUCUUUAAAGAUAGUGGAUGCUCGUCUUAAAGAGAGGAGUGUGAACAACAGAUUGGCCCGGAUAAUAAGACUUUGGUUUGAACCGCUGAAAAUUUGUUGGACUAUUGUCAAGAAAGAAAAGUUGGCCAGUUUGUCUUUUUUCCACAGAGGCUGAAAUUGUGCUUUUGUAGGUGACACGGAAAUCAUUUGGAAAGUCUAAACAACAUUUCCAGGCCAUCUUUGUGUUGUAAUGAGCAGGAGAAGUGUUUCCUGCUCCUGUCAUCUCCCACUGUCCUCCUGUGCGUCUGCUUUUCUACUCUUAAACAGCUCUAAACCCCUGACAUGCACAAGAACACAGUAUUUGGUUUACUAGCAGAGCAGUCAUCAAAGUAAAUCUAAUAUCACAGAGGAAUGAUGUGACUGUAUUUUUAGACACAACAGUGUAAGCUUUUAGUUGAAAUCACAGGAGUGACUAUGAGGUGGAGGCUACAGUGAGAGAAAAGAGAAUAGGUACAAUAAAGCAGCCUCUGUUAUUGAGUUUUGUGUAGAAAAUUUUCAAAAAGAGCAUAAAUGAAAUCAAGUAAAAUAGAAAUAUCAGCAAAAAAUUGCAUGAGAUAUGACAAAAAAUGAAUUCAAGUACAUAUUAUUAAAAAUGUUUAAAUAAAUACAUAUCUGUGCUCACACAUGUAUGUCUGAACAAGCCUGUAGAAACUGUGCAGAGGAAUUUAAAGUGUUUUCAUGCAGCAGCAGACGAUUCUCACGGUUCUGGUCUACACCUGUGAUUCCUGAUCACUUUCCUUUUCUAUUGUACUUUAUUUCUUAUCCUCCAGUCCUGGAUCAGUUGCCCUUCAUGAUGAUGUCACAUCCCCUGAUUCCUGCCAGCCUGGCGCCUGCCUCCGUUUCCAUGGCGAUGGGCCAGAUGAACCGACUGAGCACGCUGGCCAGCAUGGCCAACGUGGCGCAGCUCCACGCCAAGCCCCCUGCCAGGGCUCCCACCUCCGUCAUUAAGGUGAACUCAGAGGCCCGUCAACCCGGUGCAUCAAACCAAUAGCCAGUAAUCUUCCAUGAACAGGAGACACUCAGGAACUACUUGCAGCAUGAAAUCUGAGUUUUAGAGAGACAUAGAUAUAAAUUCAUAGACAUGAUGAUACAAAUUUAAAUAAUUUGAAGAAAACAGACUUGAUAAAACCAAAUUAUACACUAAAGUCUUUAUAUUCCCUCUAUCUCAAAUUCUUUAAGAUUUUUUUUAUUUUUUAAUCAUGAAAGUGCAGAAUAAGAUUUUUAACUGUAUCCUUUUUCUUCUAAAUUUCUUGGCAAUAGACAUGCCCGGUUGAAUGUUGAUGGAAACAAAAGAUCUGGAUAACCAUCCAAAUUUUUUAUGUAGAUCUAUGGAAAGUUUAAUUUUAAGAUAUUCUUUAUACAUACAGAAACUUCUGAGCAAAGUGAGUCAUUUUGCCCGAGACUUUCCUAUGUUCAGCCCCCUCCUCCCCCCUUUUUUUCAGUCUUACUACAGAAAGUCUGGAUGAUCUAUUUCCAGAAUUUUCUUAUUGUGUCGGGCCUCACACAGAGUUACAUCACAGCAUGUCCUCAUCAGUUGCAGGAAGUACCGUGUCCUGUCAUAAUCUUAACGAUGCAAACCAUUGUUUUAAAAACUCUGGGCUUGGUCCCAAAGGUAGUUUACGAGGCUUUUUGAAAUGAGCGAAAAAAUUUUCCAGUAAACACCAAAGAAUGCCAUUAUAUUAGCCUUCGCAAGGAUGUCAUUUUGUGUGAUUGGGGAGUAAAAAAUAGAGCCACAUCUGUUUUUAUUUAUUUAAUAUAAAGUUAUAAUGACUUAAACAUGUGAAGUCAAAUCACCGUGAAGAUAAUUUAAAAGUUACUGUUUUAAAUGGAACUUGUAAGCUACGGCUAAAUUGUACCUUUGCUACCAGUUCAAUAAAGGCAGCAAGCUACCAAAGCUAAAACAUCAGCACAUAUUUUACAUCUUGUGAACAGAAAAUAUGGACUUUCUGAGUGAAUCAAAGCCAAAGGUACAGCUGAAUCUACCUGUUACAUGUCUGUGUUUUAAUGUAUAUUUAAAUUUGUUAUCUCUCCUAAUAAAAUGGUCCAGUAACAGUUGUAUUCAGGCAUAGUCAAGACAAAAAGACUUGAUAGCUGUAGCUUUGAUAAUGAGAUCAGCAGUCUGGUUUUAAAGGCACUUAAAUGUGAUUCAUCCAGUUCUGGGGUUGGUUGCUGAUCAGCAUCCUUGAUGGGUAUUACGCUUACCAUUAAUAAUUCCCUCAAACAAUCAGGUUAAAAAAAGAAAACUUAACUGUUGCUUUAAAGUGAAUAAACAAAAUGAAAAUCAUUUUAAUGACCUACAUCGUACAAAAGAGACUCUAUUUCGUGUACAUUCUCAAUUUGACAUUCACUGAAGAUUUUCCAUGAUUUUGCUUAUUGAGAACAAUACUUUUGAAUAAAUGUAUAAGAUUUUAUUUUUCAUUGUUUGUUAGGAGCGAGUGCGUGACAGCCCCUCUCCUUCUCCCUCACUGGAGGAAGCUCAGAUGUCGUCCAAUCACAGCAGCAGUGUUUCAAGUUCGCCAUCUCGCACAGAGCACAUUGCAGAAACCACACGUGUGUAUUCAAAAACAUACAAUAACGAAUGUCACCUGUGAUGGACGUUUGGUUUUUGAGAAAGAGAUUUAUUCUGAUAUUUUUGGUUCCAGACUCUCUGGAUGAUGGCGUGUCAUCAGGUCACAGUCUGCUGGGACAUUCCCCCAAUGUGGUGCAGGCAGCCAGAGAGACAGAUGUGACCACACUGGAUUACAGCAAGGAGAACAAGAGGGGCCACAGUGACAGAGGUGAGAUGCAUUAUGAUGUUUGAGUCAGCCUUGAAAAUACUUGAACUUCCAACACAUUCAAAGACAUUCAAGUCAUUUGCCACCUCUUAUUUAGAUGUCUAUAAUCUGGAUUCAAGGCUAUGUCAGUUUUGCGUUAGAGGUCAGGUUCUUGCAGUUUUCUGGGAUUUCUAGUCACACCAAAUUAAUGACUAUUAAUGAGUAAUGAUUAUUUCUCUGACAAAUCAAUUCCGUUUAAAUAAAGUCCAUCAAUUAAGUACAAGAGUUUUAGUUUUUUAAUCAAAUUCAAUUUAAUCAGAAUUAGAUUUAAACAACUUGAUUGGUCUCUCUAGGAGCAAUUUGCAGCUGGUUAGAACAACAACAAUUAAACACAGCGACAUUCAGAUAAUAAAUCAUACACAAGCCUCUAUACAUCCAGUCAUCAUUUACUCAUGGCAGCUGUGUGUCUGUUUAUUUAACGCUGUUUUAAAAAAGAAAGGCUUGCCUAAUGGCUUAACAAGAAAGAAAUAUCUCAGUAACAGGUCGAUAACGAUUCACAGUCUCACCCUCUCUCUCCUCUUCCUCGCUGUCGGUGGCCCCCCCGGCUCCCCACCGCGCGCAAAGACAAAUAAUUCUACAAAACAGGGCUCCAUUAGACCAGGAAGCAGUGUUACAUUAGUGAGCCAUUUGCCGGGCCGCGGCCUAACGAGCCAGGCGGCCUCCCGUGCUCUCAGCUGGACCUCAUCUGCAUAACGACCGCCUCCCUGUCGUUAGGGCCUGCGUUGCCACGGCGCUGCAACGUCAGUUGUUUGGUUCUCUCUGUCAGGGAGGUUUGCAUUAGCUUAAUGAGGACUGCUCAAGGACAAACAGUCAGCAGAAAUCUACAGCAAGAGAGAGAGAGAGUGAAAGAGAGAGGGAGUUUGUAUGUGUGUGCACACGCCUGUGUAAAUAUAUUCUAAUACUGAAUCACAUUAUUCAGUAAUCGAAUCUAGAAAUCACAAAGGCAGUUCAGGUAAGGCUUCAGAUGCUGUCAGGUGUCUGUGAACAUAUUGACAAAGCAGUGAUGGCAGCGCAAUGUGAAUGCCAUGCAUCACACAUCGCAUUUAAGUAAUUGAUCCACAAUUGAUUUUGCUGCAUGCAAAUUAAACACAAAUGCGUUUGCUGGAUAGCCAGCUUUUGUAUUUGACCUACAACAUCACAGGAGAGGUUUAUUGUGGAUUGAAGAGAGUUUCAAAGAGCACUCCGGCGCUGUCACUCUGUCAAUCCAUCGCAUGAUAAUCUCAGAGUGUGUGUGCGCGUGUGUGCGCAAUUUUUGGCUGUGUGUGCUGUUUCAGUGGUCUUUGAACAACGUAUCCAUGCAGCAAAGAUCAGAGGCCAUCCCUGACACCUCUCUCCCAUUAACCAAACAUCAGCAGAAUUUUAUUCUCUCUCUGUCUCUCUCUUUUCUCUCCCUCCCUCCCUCCCGUCCUCUUCCGCUGACUGGCAGUCUUCACGUGGUGAAGUUCAUUAGCCCUUGGGACGGGUGGGAGAGGAAUAAGAGAGAUGAAGUUGGGAGAAAAGAGAAAAACAGACAGUGACCUUGGUUAGGGAGAUGGGUAAAUGAUCAAACGAGCUGGCAGCCGUGCGCAUGUGUGUGUGUAUUUAUGCCAAACGUGUGUGUGAGUGUGAGGUAAAGUAGGCGUAAAACAGUAACUCAAUAAAGGAUCAGUCACAUCCAAGGAGCCUGGGGAGCCCACGCUGCUGACUGCGCACUUCAGCGGCUACGAGUGUGUGUGUGUGUGUGUGUGUGUGUGUGUGUGUGCGUGUGUGAGUGUGUCUGUAUGAGAGCCACGGGAGUGUAGUUGGAUGCCCUCCGCUGAGCUCGCCAGCACCUGCUAAUUACCUUUCUCUACAGAGCAAUGCUUUUAGCAAGAAAGAGGGAGAAAAGAGAGGAGAAGGAGGGGGUGCUGCUUCUCAUCUGUGAAACACCUUGAAUGUGACAGUUGCCAAGACGUGAGGCCGAGAAGGAGAAGGGGAGGGUGGGUGGAUUUGGAACAGAAGAUGCUGUGGUCAGCUAAGUGGAGAAAACACUGUCAUUUGUCACAGACGGAGAAAAGUGCCAGAUAUCACAUCGCACGUUCACACUCGUCUCUGCUCCAAUAACCGGCGAACUCCCAGGAUGUCUCCGUCCUCAGUGGCUCGGAUGACAGUGGAGCGAGCAAGUGCCUGAUGUGGGAAAAAAAAAAUGCAGAAAACGGCUAAUCUUCUUCUCCCCCACUGUCACGAAUCGGGAACACGCAGUUCUCAGGUUUACAAACAGAUGGUCAUCCAUAAUGCAGCUUCUUAGCUGUUUUUACGGGAGAUGUCAAGCUGUGAUGCAUUAUCAAUAGGCAGAGUGCCAUCUAAUAAAGACUAACCACAUUUUCAAAAGCCCAAAGCAGGACUUUGGCGUAUGUGUACCCACUCACACGGUAAUUAGUUUACACACCUUUAUACUAUCAGGCUUGAUGUGUUUACAAGAAACGAAGGAAAUACAUUAGUAGGUCAUUAAUACAAGGAUCUGAAUUCAACCUCAUGUGUUUAUUUUAUAAUAUUCAUCUAUUUUUAGGUUUGGACAAAUGCAACAUAUGAAUUUUUGGAGAAAAUGUAACUAACAGGAAAGCGUUAGCAUGUUUGGUCUGGUGGUGGAAACUGCAUGAGAGCAUAUCUGUGUAUCUGUCUGUGAUGAAGUUGAUUGCACUUGGCGUAGUUUGGCAAAAACAUCUGUCAUAUGCAUGCAGUGUGUGUGGCUGAGGCUCAGAGGUAGAGUCGGUCGACUCGCAAUCGGAAAGUUUGCCAAAGUGUCUUUUGGCAAGACAGCGGGAUCCUCAAUUGCUCCUGGUGACUAAAUCAGCUGUGUGUGAAUGUGUAUCAGUAUAGUAUUUAGGUCCCUGACUGUCACAUCCUCUACCAUCAGCAUAUGAAUGUGGUGUGGAGGGGUGAAUGUGAUUAUUUAGAGUGGUCAGAAAAGUGCUGCCUUACUGCAAAUUCUUUUACUGUUUACCAAUUUGCUACAAAACAGUGUAUAAAAGCAAAUCUGCAAAAUGAAUAAACCAAAACAAUGAGGAUGAAGUUUGAGCUUUUUAGAAAUAAGUUACUGUUUGACAUCUUUAAGACUUGGUAAGAAACUGUCAAAGUUAAGACGCAGCAUGAAAACAUCUGCAGUUUCCUGGUUUCAUUAGCUGUUUUAGGAUCUGACUAAUACUACAUGUUUUGAUUACUAUCAACUAAUUCUAAUUUAGCAAACAAUGCAUUAGUCCAUGUCUUUGUACUUGACUGUUUCAUAACCCUCCGCCCAAGACAGGCCACAAAUAGAUUUAUUCUUUGCAGCUUGAGUUUGUAUUUCUAAGCAGCUGCUACUGAAACAGAAUCAAACUGGGUGUUUGUUUGGGGCUGUUUGCACUGCUUAGUAUUUAUAACACUAGCAUAUUGUCUUUACACUACUUUGCACUUGCUGAGAGUCAUACAAAAAUACACACCCAGAGAAACUCUCGGCUCAUUGAUGUGUUUGUCGGCUGUGACUGAAGUGUGCGGCACAGAGGAAUCAGAGCUUUUUCUACCCAGAAGAAUAUUGACCUUACCGACUAGACUUCAAACUGUCUCUCCCCCUCCAGACACGAGCUCCAUGGCCACUCACACAAGCAGGGAGAGCUGUGAUAGACAAGUCUACCAGAAACCCCCGUCAGGCAGGGAGGGCUGUGAGAGGGUGUCUUACCCCGCGGGACAGAAGCUCCCAGCAGGUCUCCACCACGCUCCCUUUAUCUUCCCGGAAGGCUUGUCCUCCAUAGAGACCCUGCUCACGAACAUCCAGGUGAGGCUCUGCCGGGGCUUUAUUAUUAUUAUUAUGCUCUAAGAUGAAUAGGAAGGGAGAUGAACCACUCUUUGGGAUUUCCUGAAAUGGUAAAUAGCAGAGCAGGCAGACAUUUAGGAUGUGGAAUAAUUGGGAAGGGCGUGUGCUGACCUGCUUCUCAGAUUUUACAUGUCUUUGUUAUGGUGGAGUCACAUUAAAAGCUCUCUGUGUCUAGUUUUCAAUGAGAAUAAAAACAUGUUUUAACCUCACCUGACCUGCAUGAGAUGGCAGCUGUGUUUUAGCAUGUAGCUCAAGAUUAGUAGGCAAGUAUUUUACUAAGAAAAAUACUCUUUAAUAGUUUUCUUUUCCUCCUGCCUGACUAAAUCUGAGAAUUAUACUGCAGAGUAAAGUCUUACACUCAAAUAAUGCCUGGAGGAGCUUAAAUCUUUGUGACCUUUUACAGUGAGGGGCUCAUCUUUUGUAUUUACUCUGGCUGAUUUGUAAAUAUCACAAACUUUGAAGUUAAAAAACACAACCCCUUUGUUAAAGUGCCAUAAAAACACAAAUAUUUACAUCAGAUUAGGAGAUUAGCUAAAGUGAGGGUUCUCUCUGGUGGUUGAAAAAGACAGAAGUCUCCCAUGCUUUACGUUCAGUGUGUAACCUGUUGAUGUGUGCCUGUGUGUCUCCAAGCAGGGUCUGCUGAGGGUUGCCAUAGAGAACGCCCGGGCGCAGGAGAAGCAGGACCAGCUGGAGAGGACGGAGCUGAAGAUGGAGCUGGUCCGUGAGAGGGAGCUCAGAGAGACACUGGAGAGGCAGCUCAGCAUGGAGCAGAAAAACAGAGGUAGGUGGUCACAAAGAGAUGAAAACAGCAGAAUUAACCCCCGGCUGUCAGUGCUAAUUUUAGAUAGUUUUACCUGGAAGUGAUUCUGAUUCCUGCAAACGUAUUCAUUAAAGAGUUUAACAUCUAAACUGUGAUAAUUCUGCGAAAUAAGGUUCUUUAUAUUCACUUCCAAGUGGACAAAACACCCAAAACUUGAGAAAUUAAAAGAUGGAGACAUAUCUCCAAAGAUCAUCAUUUUAUUUGUUGUUUUUACAUAAAUCUACACUCUCAGUCCCCCUCCACAAAUGUCAGGGGGUUUCUAAAAUUCCAACCAUCCAAAAACAUUAAAAAAAACUUAUGACUCAAUUCCGUGAAGUGAAAAGUUAUUUGAAAAACAGAGUUUUUAUUAAUUUCCUGGAAAGUGGGACAGCCAGUCACGUGGUUUUGUUGACCUGUUAGUAGAGCAGGAAAAUGAGCUUUGGAUCAUCUCACAUGCAGUGAUGCUUUGUGUUUUUCAUAAACAGGCCAAACAUCCUUGAAUUCCAUGCAGAGUUAAGUUUAUUUAAAGGAUAAGUAAAAAAGAGUGCAUGAAAUACACUCUAAGCCUGAAAUCCCUUAAAUCUCAAAUCUCCUGGUAUUAAGAUCCGGGAAGUUCAGGAAGCAGGGGGGACCACACAGAUAUAUAUUAAACAACAACAACAGAAACAUACAGAGCCAAAUAUGAAAUAUCCAAACAUCUGAAUUAUUGGAUUUUGAAACACACAUCUUUUUCUAUGUUCCCUCUUUCUUCUCCUCUUUUUAGUUCUGAUCCAGAAGCGCCUGAAGAAGGAGAAGAGGAAUAAGAGGAGGCUACAGGAGGCUCUGGAGGAGGAGGUCAAACUGCGCGAUCAGGCGGAGCACAGCCUGCUACACACUGCCAGCACGCACACAGGUACACACACAGCAACUUGUCAGACCUUCUGUAAUUAACUUAAUCUUGUUUUGACUCACAAUAUAGUGUAAUUCACAGUUUCAUAAUAAAUGUCACCAAGACUUUGAUGCAACACAGCCUGAACUGUUCAUUUGCCUCUGAUUAUUAAGUGCCUUUGUUAAUUAAUGACUUAACUGCAGGUCAUCAAUCAUCAGCAGUCCCUCCUCACACAGAAUCCGUGACCCAGGACGGGGAUGGGAGCAAACAAGAUGACAACAGGCUGGACUCCAAGGCGACAGUACAAGGUACACAGAACCUGCACUGCUUCAAGGGUUGUUUUUGUGCAAUUAUUAGACAGAAAAUGUUGCUGCCAAAAAGCCUGCCUCUUUAACAGACACAUAAUCUUAUUAUGGAGUUGUAUCUCAAAAUUGUUUUCAGGGAUCUUUGCCAAACAUUUAAGUUACGUUUUAUAUUAUGUUUUCCUCCAAAGGACUGUAUGUGAAUAUUUAAUCUCUCAGUUGUGGAUGUAGUUAAUCAAAACUAUAGAUAGAUUUGACUAAAAGUGUGGAAAAGGGUACUUGUUAUAGAACUGUACCUUUUUUUUGCAGGAAUAUUGUGCUUUUAUUAUGUUUUAUUAUGAGGCAAAUACGUAAUAAAUAAAAAUAAAAACCAAUUAUAAACCCAGUGAGAGGGAUGUAUUUAGUUCUUUUCAGCCGGGCUGAGACAACAGAUUCUAUUUUUUCACCUUCUUGCUGCUGCUGAUGCUUAACUGACCAGCCUACUGGAAGGCUUUUCAGAGAUUUCACAGGGAGUCCGCUCCUGAGAAAUUGAGCAAAAUUAAAUGAAGCGUGAGGAAGUUCACCAAGGCUACCCUUCUAAUGGAGACAGGCGUUUUAAUAUAUUUAUUUCCCCAACAUUAUUGUCUUCAGAUUAAUGAAAAAAUCCCACAUGUAAUGUCUCGAACAGACAGAAAAAGAAAUGGCCGUGAUCUUUAGCCCGGCCUCAUCAAAAGAGUGCAUGGUUUCCAGCCCACCUCAUGCCAGGACCGCGGCAGCAGACAGUGUGCUUGUUCAAAGGCAGUUUUUAAUUGAAUGUCAGUGAAGCAAGAAGAGAACUGGCCACUAAUUAACGGCUGUCUUAAUUGUCCUCGUGACGAGUUUGUUUGGACAUCAUUUGCAUAAUUAACACGCAGUAAUAAAUCAUUUAAAGGGGAAUUGUCUGUCAGACAGCAGGGCAGGAUGUGGUUCUUUUGUGCCAGGAAGUUUUAUCGCCAAAAACAGGGAUCAAGGGCCGAAAAAUACUUUCAACUGAGCCUUACUUAAUAAUGAUCUUUUAUUAAUGAUCUUUGCUCGAGGUUGUGGGGACCAUGUUUAAUAUUGAUAUCAAUGUUUUAAUUGUGGAACAGCACUCUUUUUUUUUCUCGUCCUGCACAAAGAACCAGACUGUUUAUAAUGGAACCGGUUUAAAUAGUUUCAUUGUGUUGAAUAAACAUGAAUCCUUUGUGGAUUUCAGAGGGCAGAGUUUUCCUGCAGACCACAGGGAUGUACUGAAGACCAGCAGGAAGGAUGGGUGGACAAAAGGAAGAAAAAGUGACAAAGAGUACACCUUUUUAUGAAAGAUGAUCGCUCCUUUGCAGCUGUGGCAUCUCAAAAAGGACUUUCCCCACUUUUCAAGGGUGACAUUUGAACAUUUCCAUUGUUCUCCUUGUUUAAUUUAUUACAUCCAUCUCAAAAUCUCAGCCAUAGUGGGAACAGCUCUUUAUUCUGAUGAUGUUGUUUGACAAUGUAUUUCUUUCAAUCAAGGUUUUUAGAUCCUAGGAGACGACAACCAUAGUUGUUUUUUGUCAGUGCUGUUUAUCUGGAAACAAGUGAAAAUCUUAACUUGUAACAGAGUCGUGUACAUAAAUAUAGUCAUCAUUUCUGUUUUUAUUAUUAUGAAGAAAAUAAUGGCAUGUUGUACAGUCAGUAAAUGACUUGUAUUGUGUAUGUUAUGCAGUAGUGCAGUUUGACAAUACAAACAAUACAAAUCCUUUUUAUCAAAUUGUCUCAGCUUCUCUCUUUAUUUGCCAAUCCUUCAGUGGAUCGUUUAUUUAAUUGUUCUCCACACAAAUUAUCAUUUUUAUAGGUACAUCCCACCUCUCUGACACUGAUACCUCAGUCAAGUUUUCCUGCCUAAAUUAACCCCUUAGGGUAAAUUUUGUGUAUUUAUGUGAGUGAGUUGACAGAAGAUGAGGAGGUUAAUAUGUAUAUGAAAAGUGUGAGGACUGAUGUGACAUUGAUUCCUGCUCCAUUUCCAGAAACGUACACCUAAGUAUUGACACACACUCCCAGGGAGGGGGGUGAGGAGCAGGGUCACAUGUGAGCUGUCCUUUAGUGAAACAUGAUGACGAUGCACUUGCUUUGUUUGUCUGUCUUCAGCUGCACUCAUCUUUUAUCAGAUCUCCUAAUUCAAAAACGUGCCAGUUUACCAAUUUUGGAUGAAUGUGUGUUUGAAAAAAAAAAAUUUAACACAACUUUUCAAAAGACAUAGAAAGUUCCACUGUCAAAGUAAAAUAUCUAAUUAAGCUUCUUUUUCUUUUUUUUUUUUUUUUUGCCAGGAGGUUUUUACCAACAACAACAAUAGUGGUUGUGGGAGGCCAUUUUUGACAUUCCUUUUAACACAUUUAUUGUGAAUCAGCACUUCUUACCUUGUUUUUUUUUUUAUUACUAUUUGGGUUUGUGCCCUGCAAAUGUCUUCUUACAUAUAAAUCAAUUGUCACUCUCCUUAUAUUUAUUGAAAUAAGGACCAUAUCAGCCAAUCAGAAGCAGAAAGACAAUUGGAAACUAGACAGUUUUGCCAAAAGGUUGAGAGAUGAAUGUGUAACAACUUAUUAAAGCAUUAAAAGCCCUGCUAAUUGUUUGCUUAUUAAUUCACUUAAAGACAUAAUAGGGAUCACUAAAUGGAAAGUAUUAUUAAGUUUUCCAAAGUCCUAUGUAAUGUAUUUCAGAAUGUUCCAAAACUCAGAAAUAAAAGGUCUUUAUGCCAGGCUUGAUUUUGUAUCCAUGUCUAAAUAUGCAGUGUGCCAUUUCCUGGACACAGGCAGAUAAGCUGUGAUGCAGGACUAAAACAAUACCUCCCUUACCCACAGUUCUUCCUGAAUACAAAGUGCCUGACAACUGAAUAGCAAUGAUUCACGUAAAUGAAUGUGUGAAUGAGUCAUCAGCUUUUCAGAUGACCACCUCAGAGGCUGUCUUGACUAAAAAGGUUUGUGACUUCAUUCAGCGCCGCUCUUCUGUUUCAAACACACACACGAGGACACACACACUCACGCACACACAAAUCCCUCACAAUUCACUGAGUGGCAUUGUCCUGCCGAGAGAUGUGUAAUGGAAAAGAUAAAUGGAGGAUAAAGCUAAGGUGACAGGACCGAGCAUGCAUGUGUGUAUGUGUAUUUGCAUGUGUGUGUUUGUGCCCGCAUGUGUGUAGUGCACAACAGACCAGCAAACCAUCUGCUCAUCUCCUCUUAAUGAACAAAGCAAACAGCAGGAGUCAAGGCUGUCUCCAAAUCUGGAGUCUCUUUAUUGGUAAGCACACACAAACACACACAUCCACACAUCCACAAACACACAUCACUGCGCUGUUUAAUCUGAUUAUCUUUGAUUGAGAACAGGGGCAAAGCAACCUUUUUAGACCUCACUCCUACAUCAGUGACAGAGAAGGUCUGAAACACAAUUAGCAAGCUGUUCCUGAGCUCUGCUUUGCAGUCACAUCUGACCACAGGAUGCCAAAUAGACCUAAUGGGUGGGAACUAACCAAUGGGAACUAACACACCACUGCUUCUAUGGAUGAGGGGGAAAUGCAACACUAUUAGACAGCUGUUCGCCAUAUCUUUUCAAAUGUACUUGGACGUAACAUAAGCAUUGGAUCAAUUGCCUCAGGAGCAAUCACAGCCGGGCAUGACGGUAGGCUUUAUACACACGGUUUGAUGUGAAUAAAAGUGGCAGCCUGUGGUGUAAGACAAAGCAGGGCCUCUACAUAGGAAGUCUGGACCUUGACAAGAUAUGACACUGCCUGCAUAAGAGCAGAGGACCAUAAGAAAAAGUCAUUAAUGUGGACUUUGUGCAGCCACAUCCUGCUCAGGGCCUCAUGGAUAAUUAACGCUGUUACCACUGUGACAGUGGGCUGACCACAUGGCUUCAACAUGAGGAACACACCCUGACUGCUGUUUUAAUGUAUGUUGAACCCAUAAACACAUAAAACACAUAUAAUAUUCAGAGAUAAUCAUUAUUAAUGGGAGGACUACAUAUCAAAUAUUAUUGGUGAAGUACUCCAGGGCCUUCAAAUACCCUCUGAGCUGCAUGAGAAAACAGCAGGGUGGCAUCAUGGGUACGGAGACUGCCCUUCACCUGCUGAAAUGCCUUGGAGAAAGACACUAAAUCCAACCUGCAGGGGUGCUGCGGCAGUUUGAUCAGUGGUUAAAAACACAAGAGUCUGGACUUCUCAGUAGUCACUUGACAGAUUAUGUCUUUGUUAACCUCACCUCAGUUCCACCUCGAUGCAGUACUGUAUGGCUUUCUGGGGCAAUGAUAUAUCUGCUAAAUGGUCCAUGGUGUAUUCUAGUGAAGUGAGUUUGGUAACACUUUAUUUGACGCCUAUCUCUAUAACGCAUUAUAAAUAUGUGUAUAAUGCAUUAAAAUCAAAUUAUAGCACUGUAUAACUAUAGUUAUAAACACUCAUAAAUGAUUAAAAUGCUUUAUAGCAACAAUCAUAACAUAUAUAAAGCAUUUUAACAUGACUUACAGAUAGGCGUCAAAUAAAUAUUCCAUAUUCAAUAUUCCAUAUUUUUAUUUUUUGAUCUUUCUUUUUUUGCUAUUUAUCUUUAAGACAGAUAGUUUAUGUGUUUUUGUUUUGGGCCUAUUUGUUUGAAAAGCUAUAUAUAUUUAUAUAUGUAUAUAUAUAUAUAUAUAUAUAUAUAUAUAUAUAUAUAUAUAUAUAUAUAUAUAUAUUUAAUUAUUUUCAUAUUUUCCAUUUUUGUAAAUAAUAAUAAUAAUAAUAAAAAUAAUAAUACAUGUUUUCUACAGCAGCAUGAGCAGCUGUGGUUAAAAUGUAUCACUCCAAAUCUUGUUUUUAUUGUUAUAUAAAUAAUGAAUAUGAAGUGCUUUAAAUUAAUCUAAACUGAUUUUGUUCAUGAAGCUCUUGAUAAAGAAUUGAAAAAUAAUGUGUUCGUAAUUAAGUUGUACUCUAAACAGCAUUUGUACAACAACGCAUUGUGAAGGUGCGCAGAUAAGGUAAGUAAACCAGUAAAAAGUCAUAUUUAACUUUUAACUUGGAACAACAGCGUCCUCUGCAGGUCACUUCUGUUCUCGGUACAGGGAAUUGCGAAACGACACCUUUUGGGUUCCUUCAGCUUCCGUAGCGGUUGCUUCCCAGGGUUUCUUCUCUUUACAGUCACAGCAUGGACCCUCUCCUCAACUUCAUUUCGGUGUUUUAGCGUCGGUUUCGAGUUGCCUUGGACUCAGCUGGCUUCGAGGGAAUUCCACAACUUAUUCAGACACCAUGUUUACCACCACCGGGUCCCGGGGCCUGUGUAGGUAUCUCGUAUAGACCGUUAAACGACAGUCCUGUACCCGCUAACGCCACUCAUUAUAGUGUCAACGGGGUUAGCCUGCGCGGCUAACGGAUAUUAGCAUUACGCUGUCAUUCAUUUACUAGAGGCAGUAUUCAUCAUAUUCAGCUACUUUUUGUCUCUUUGAAACCUUCAGUUUGUUUCCCUUUUGGUUGGUUGCCUUGACUGAUGAAUACAUUUAUGUUUUGAAAAGAAAAAUGAAUAUUUAGCGAGAUAUGUGUCUGUUCCUGCUGUAUUUUAACUUUCUCUGCCUUAGUCUAAACAGCCGAUAAACACGAAGCUGCUGAGUGUAGAAGGCUGUGGUUUUAUAUCAUGGUCGUAAAGUUGUGUCUCUAUGUGAGUGUGAUUGUUGUGUGUUCGGCACAGACAAGGCUCCUCUGUCGAAAGGCCUCCUGCUGGUCCUCAAUGGGCUGACUGUGAUGCUGACCCUGCUGCCACAGUACCAGGAACUAUUUGAAUACAACCUACAGGCUGUCAUAAAGCAGCACCAGGUGUGUCUCCUCUAUCUGUAUCUGUCUGUGUGUUUGAGAGUGUGCCAGGCAGAGAAAUGGCUAGACUAAACAAGCUCACAUCAUCUCUUCACAGUUAGGCUGGGAGUAUGUUAUGAACCAUUAUUGUUUUCAGCAUAAUGAAGGGGAAAUUUCCGUUUAGAGGGUUAUUCGGGCGUAAAAUUAAGUUAGAGCGAUGAAUGUUGCAGACCGCUUGCUUCUCUAGUAAUACCAACUAAAGUAAUGACCACACCAUAGCAAUACACAGCAGUCUGAGGAGCAUAAACAAACCUCAACCAAAAAGCCACUCUAUAGCCACAAAUAAUGCUCAGAACAGCACCUAACUUCAUCAACAGUACAUAUAGGGUCCCAGCCAUAACACUAGCAACCAAACAUCUUUUUAAAUUUGCCUAAUUUCUUUAGCAAAGAGACUAAACACAACUCACCUACUCUCUUCCAGUAGCCGCUUGUUUGUAGUGAGACCUCAGGCUAGUCAAUAGCGGACUUCUGAGGGGGGACGCAGCUCAAGAAAGAACAUUUAUGAUCAUUUCUUUAUCAUUUCGUUGAAGUAAUAAUCACCAUAUCAAUCAUUUUGCACUGCAGACACGGUAGUUCUUCUGCCUUAGUGUCUUGGUCUGAAUAUCCCUUUUAACAGGACAAGAUAUAAUUUUCUUUGACCCAAUCAAUCAAGAACCAGAUCAUUCAGGAACUUGGGACACUCAAGCAGACACGCACCCAUAUAUUUUACCUACAUAUGAUAUUCUUGUCACGAUUAGUUCUGGUUGUAAGCCAAACCACAACAUGCCAUGCUGUUUUUACCCACACUGACCAGUUGAACUUAUUUCCAUGUUUGGUUAGUGCUUUUAUAACACUGGGGUUGCCAGCUAUAAAUGUCUGAGGUUACUGUGGUGCAAAUUUAAAACCAAACUAUUCUGAGAUAAUUAGACUAAUAAGUUAUGGACUCAAGUAAAUAAAUGGAAAGUACUCAUUAUCUCAAGACAGUAUUAGAAUUUAUAGAGGCAUGCCCACUUCAAGAGUUUGUACGUUACAGCCAUCUAGCAACAUUUUCAACCACAUCCAAUGCAUACAUUCUGUUAUAGUGUUGACUUAAUGAUUAAAUUCAUAACAAGACCAGACAUUUGUUGAACAGUAAAGACCCUUGACAAGAGACUGAAUGCAAAAAAGAAACAUACAGGGAUAGAAGUCUCAGGUUAUGGAUCAAGGAAAAGAGUAUAACUGGAGUAUAAUGAAGCUUGUUCAUGCCUGAAACCGCAGACCACUAACAUGUGGUGUCACCAGUUAUCACCAGAAUGCUGUUAAAGUUAGUUAUUAUUCUGUAGUCAUAAUGAUGUAUGGUGUAUAAUAUAACUUUGCUCCUCCUCUUGUAGAUAUGGAGGCUGCUGUUGGGCAGGCUUGUCUGUCUAGAUGUGAAGGAUGCCUUCUGUAGCAGCCUGCUCAUCUACAACUUCAGAAUCUUUGAGAGGAGGUUUGGCACCAGGAAGUUUGCAGUAAGUAACAAAACGCCUUGUGUACUUUGUGUUUUUGAUUAACUUAAUGCCUCAAAAUGUAGACUUCAUGUAUUGUGAUAAAUGAGAAUUUUGAAUUCAGUUGUGUUUUUAAACUUGUGGUUGAUUUCUUUUAUCAGUUACAAAAUAAUUCAACUCUUAAUCAUCAAGGGGAGUUAGUAUGAGAUCCAGCUAUUUGGCCAUUCCUCCGUCUUAGGAGAGAGGUUACACAGCUUCCUCAUUUGGCACAAAAGUAUUGGUACUUAAUUUGCACUAUAUUUGUAUCUGAGAUUUGACUCUGACUAUGUGCAUGAUGUGUUUUUUAUUUUUAUUUUGUAAAAGCAGUUGUCUUAAUUUUUGACGUAUACAUAACCAUUUUGUUUGUUGCUCUUCUUGACUGUAGUCCUUUCUCAUGGGCACGUGGUGUCUCUCUGCGCUAAUGGACUUCCUGUUGGCCCAGGCCUUUCAGUUUCUUUUUGAGUAUGAGGUGGAGGAACUGCCUGCCGGACUGUGAGUAGUUUUGUCAGAAAAAGUUCCCCCACACGCUGUCUUGCUGUAUGCUGGUGUAAUAAUUAAAUCACACAACAUUUCUGGUAUUACAGACCUUCAUCAGGUUUGAUGGCAGCAUCAAAACUUUUCCAUACAAAGAUAUAUACAAUGACAAAAACUGCCUCAAUUCUUCAGCACCCAAUCAGAGACCCACUAAGACUGAUGAUCACCUGAAUCUGUUAAAUUCAUCAUAAGCCAGAAAAGAGUUCAGAAAGUCAUACAAAAUCCCGUUAAUGAGGAAUCUUGAUAUGAUCUCAUACCCUACAUAUUGACUCAAGAGCCUCAUCAUCUAUUAUCCUAAAUGUACUGCACUUUGUACUCCAGUCCUCAUCAGCCCUGAUUUCAUCUUUUGACGUUACGAUAUUCAAAGAAAGAAUCCCAAGUGUGAUAAAAUAAAAGUGUUUAUCCUUUAGAGCGGGAUGGUACUCAUCACAGUGUUUACACACUGAUAUAGAGAGGGAGCUUUGUCCAAGAGUCACAUGACUAGUAUGCAUUUCCAAGCAGAGUGCAGCAGUAUAUCUAGAAAGUCUCUGUUAUGGAAACUUGCAAAUAGCUCAUCAUUUAGUACCAGCAGGCAAGUCCUUUCACCCUGACACAAAGCUUAAAAGUGUUAUUGAGUUGUACGAGCUGCAAUCCACUAUGAGUGAAUGUGAGGGCGGCUCCACAAACAAUGAGCCAACCGCAGAUUGAUAUACAUACAGUUUGUAGUGUUUGAUGAGCAUUCCAGGUCUACAGAGAUGUGUUGGCCAUCACUAGGACUUGGUAGUCUCAGUUUGCCAUCAGUUUGAGGGGAAAAAAAGCACGUGUUAGUGUCAACAGUUGAGCGAAAUAAGAAAAAUAUCUCUGAUCAGCAGAAAUUUGAAUGAAUGUGCUAUAAAAGUUCUUUGAAUUAUUUCCAUCUCCUCUUGUUCUUCACACCCUCUGUAAUUCUCUCUCUUUUCACCUCACAGGCUCGCUCCAGUCUUUUCCCUGUUUGUGCCUUUCUACCUGUUGAUCCCCAGGAUGCCUGUCACCCAGGUCCUGGGCCACAUCCCUAUCACCAACAAGUCUCUGGUCUACAUAGUAGGCUUGCAGGUAAACCUAUAUUGUAAUAAUUUUGAAAGUCAAAUAUGUGUUUUUAUAGUUUUUUUUUUUUAGUGUUUAAAUUCUUGAGAAUACUCCUGGGAGAGUAAUAUGUUACAACAAGCCUAACUGCCAUUAUCUCUGUCUUUUGUGGCACAGCUGUUGACUUCCAGCCCCUUCAUGUGGCUUCUUGCACUCAGUGGACUGGUGAGAGGCCAAAAUCUCAUUUGCUUGUUUUCUUUGUUUCGUUUUUUUUUUUUUUUUUUUUUAAAUUAAGUGUUGUUGUUUUUUUCUGUUGGUACUUGUAUUUAUUGUUUUGUUUAUGGACCUUAAGUUUGUCAAUAAAGUAUCUAUCUUUCUGUCUUUUUAAACUUUGCUGCUGAGUCCGAAAACUCAGCUUGAAACCCAUGUUUCUUGGUGAAUCAACACAAAGAGCAAAAAAUUGUAAAGUAGUAAGAGUUUGUUGUCACGUUUCUGCAGGUGAACGCUGUAACCCAACAUUUAAUGAUUCGGUGGACAUGUUAAAGUGUUGCUUCUUCCAAGUUUGGCUUAACUUCUUUUCUUAAUAUGAAUCUAUUUGUCUUCCAGAUCUCAGGUGGACUUUACCACUCCAACUUUCUCUGCCUACAGAGGCUCCUCUUUGUUCCUGUCUGGGUGUCUCGUGUUGGCAGAUAUAUUCUGGAGCCACUUUUUUCAAGUGAGUACUGGUGUUAAUAAACUCUGUGAAAAUCUGUCGCCCAGUUCGAGUGUCACAGUUGAGAUGGAGUUUGUGUCCCUGUCUAACUGAGUUGUUGGUAUUGAAAGCGAUGGCGUAAAGCUAAUGACCUUUGUGCUCAUCAGGCUCUGAACCAAGCAAUGAAACACCCCUGGGGAUGGGUGCCACUCUAGACAUCCAGAGGCAGCAAAGGAUGGACAUGCUGGACCAACAGCUGCUUCUGGCACAAUACAACGAGGCCAGGAGGAACGCCAGACAACAGCCGCAGGUACAUGUGCACACACACACACAGUCACACAGAUUUGCUACACUAAUGCACGGAUUGAACUCCACAAGCUCUACAAACAUGGCAUUUCAAGAUCCUGCCUGUUUGUGUGCGUAGCCUGGGUUGUUACAGUGGACCAGGUUGUUUCCCUCACUGAGACACAGAGGACAGAACCGACCCCCAAUGCAGCCCCGCCCCCAGGCUCAGACACACCCAUCGACACAGCCCCCUCUAUCAGACAACUCUCCUGUCGCAGAGGAGCAGGUGGGUGUUUACCACUUUUUCUUUUUUCUGUGUGUUUUAUUUGUUUUUUGUCCUUGGUUUACUCUAGGAAAUUACAGAUAUUUUUGGAUAUUUCUUCCCGGAUAACUCAGAAACAGCAAGGUUGCCAUGUCCCCCAGUUUUCUAUCUGCAUCAGGUGACAUUGAAGCGUCACAUGGACGCUUCUUUGCAACAUUUUUACUGUAUGUGUUGCACACCUAUUAUUUCUUCUUGUCGUGACGAGGCAUAGAGCAUUUGUCGCAUUUGAACUUUAGAAAUACCCAGUAAAGGGAGCUGAUGUUGUCAGCUUCCUGGCUGUCAUCUGCAGCAAUGACAGCUGGGGGCGGAGACAUUCAACUCGGCCCACACUGCAGUUUGUUCAAGGAAACAACCCCGCGACUACUCCACCCUGUCUGAGAUUUCAGUAUUGUUCCAGCGUGAAACAUGGUGAGGACUUUAGAGCACUGGAAACACAUUCCAGCACUUGAUUAUAACUAUUUGGGAAAAACAGCUUUUAAUGGUGACACACUUCACAUUUAAGGUGUUACUGUGUAGCUAUAACAACACAUUUGGCACUGAUAGAAAUGCUGCUGAUCUGAUAGACCAGCUUUUGUUUGCCAAAACUUGAUUUCCCUUCUCACCCACGCCUUACUUUAUGCAGGACAGCCUUAUGUAAUAUCCCCAGUUGGUGCUGCUUUAACUGAUGUCUCUCAACCGACGCUUUAUUUGUCCCACAGGUUGAACGGUUGGUGGAAAUGGGCUUUUCCAGGAUUGAUGCCCUGGAGGCGCUGAGAGCUUCAAAUAACGAUAUCAACAUGGCAACCAACUUCCUCUUGCAACACUGA